CCGCUGUGCAAGAAGAAGGAUUGGAGCACAAUGUUUAGCAAGCACUUCCAGCGUCAAGUGAACUCGCUGCGUGUGUUCUGUCGCCACGAGGACAGAGGGUGUGGCUGGCAGGGAGAGCUGGCUGCCUUUCACCAUCACGUGGAGUCUUGUCCCAUGAGAGACGGUCCUCCCAUGACUGAGCUAGUGAAACUGCCAGUAUACAGAGAGGCUGGAGCCUUCCCUAGUUUGUCUGGAGCCAUUUCUCCUCACUCUUCUGCCUCUGGAACUAUUUCACGAGUGAACGAGACCCAGCCUGCUCCCCUAGCAACAGCUGUACCCCAUGCCAUACCACCUGUAGUUAAACCACGAAAGCUCACUGUGCAGUGUCAUCGUAAGAAGACAGCACCAUGUGAAAUGACCAGAGGAUCUGCAACAACUGAUGGUACAUUUGCAUACUUCACCCCAGAUGACUCCACUUCAGUCUACCAAUAUGGAUGUAGUACAGAGAAAUGGGAGGAACUUCCUUCA